AUGCUGGCUAGCCACAUAUUUGGGUUUAUGCCCACUUUUGGUGUCGUGCUGGUCAUGGCAGCCAUCGCAUCCGUCCGACGAGCGCUGCAACCAGGCGACAAUGUCGAUAUUGACGGAAGCCAAAGUGAAGGUAUCUCUUGA